CAUAUCUUGCUAUCCAUUUUGUUUUUGUGCUGCUGGGCUACAACAAUGGCCGACAUUGUAUAUUUAUUAUUAUUAAUUUCGAUAUUUCCAUUACAAAACUCAAAAGCGGUUGCCGAAAUUAGUGGCCGCUUAUUAGACGAAAAUCAAGAAAAUUUUGAUCUGGAAAUGUCACACACAAACGAAAAGGAGCAUUCAUCGGUACCACGCAAUUCCUUACAAUCUCAUCCCAGAUUUAAGUGUUACGCAUGCGAAGCGCCCUGCAAAAAUGCCACACAGCAUGCACAUAUGUGCCAGAAUGCAAUACAGUGCUGGAAGUCACGCACACGCAGUGCAUAUGGCGAGGAGAAAGUAUCACGAGGUUGUACCACGUCACCAGAUCAGCUCCCCUUAAUUUGUAACCAAAACACUUUAGGACCUCGUAAAAGAGCUGUGAUGCAUGUUAAUAUAGUAUGUUGCUCUGGAGACUAUUGUAAUGACGGAGAUUUUCCUGAGCUGCCUCCAAUUGUAAACGAUGAAGUUACACGAUUAUCUGCCGACCUAAGCAAUACAUUUAAAAUGACUCUGGCAGUAUUAGGUCCAGUAUUCGUAAUUGGCUUAAUGGCGGCUAUGGUUUAUUAUUUCAUGAUACGUCAUCAUCGAAAGAGCCUUAUGGCUUCGCGUAUAAAAAAUGAUCCAGAUGUGUAUUUAGUGAACGACGAGUUAUUGCGAGCUACCAGCGCUGGUGACAGCACACUAAGAGAAUAUCUCCAACAUCCAAUGACCUCGGGUUCUGGCAGCGGUUUACCCUUAUUAGUACAGCGAACACUUGCGAAGCAGGUAACUUUAGUUGAAUGUAUUGGACGCGGAAAGUAUGGUGAAGUAUGGAGAGGACAAUGGCAUGGUGAAAAUAUUGCUGUAAAAAUUUUUCUUACUCGAGAUGAAAAGUCUUGGAAGCGAGAAACCGAAAUAUAUAGCACAAUUUUACUACGUCAUGAAAAUAUUCUGGGUUACAUUGGCUCUGAUAUGACCUCUCGAAACUUCUGUACUCAGUUGUGGCUAUUAACACACUAUUAUCCGAAUGGUUCUCUUUUUGAUCAUCUGAAUCGCAACGCUCUAAGCCAUAAUGAUAUGGUGUUAAUCUGCUUGUCUAUUGCUAACGGACUCGUACAUUUGCAUACUGAAAUUCUAGGAACAGAAGGUAAACCUGCGAUGGCUCAUCGUGAUUUAAAAUCGAAAAACAUACUGGUGAAAUCAGAUGGUACAUGUGUAAUAGCCGAUUUCGGUUUGGCUGUAACACAUUCCCAUGUCACCGGCAAACUGGAUUUAGGAAAUAACCCCAAAGUCGGCACAAAACGGUACAUGUCCCCCGAAGUUUUAGAUGAGAGUAUUAAUAUGCAAUGUUUUGAGGCAUUGCGCCGAACUGAUAUCUAUGCACUCGGUCUGGUACUGUGGGAAGUAUGUCGUCGAACUAUUUCAGGAGGCAUUGCAGAGGAGUACAAAGUGCCUUUUUACGAUGUUGUUCCGUCGGACCCAAGCUUCGAGGAUAUGCGCAAGGUUGUGUGUGUGGAUAAUUAUCGACCUGCGUUUCCGAACCGUUGGGCUUCUGAUCCGUUACUUGCUGGAAUGUCGAAGUUAAUGAAGGAAUGUUGGCAUCAAAAUCCCAAUGUACGAUUACCUGCCUUGAGAAUACGGAAAACUAUACAAAAACUAGCUUCCGCAGACGAAAAAAUACGUCUGAAUUAUGAUGAAGUUUGUGUUUAGUGUCUAAGUAAAUUUAUAAGUUAAGAUAAAUAGAUUCUAAUGCUAAAAUUGACAGUUUAAGGGUAAAAUGGUAGUUAAUUCUAAGAAGAAUAAUUUAAAUUGAAAUAGCAUAUUUAAGUAUUACUACUAUACUCAA